AUGGAGGAAGACCGGACGUCAGCGUCCUGUUUUCGAAGCGGAAGAGGCGCAACCCACAGCGGAGAUGAACUCCCCAGCGAAGAGGAAUGGCUAGCACCAGGGAGACCGGAGGCGCGCCGUCCCCGACGACCGCGUGGCUGCGGACACCCCGCAGCGAGCGAGGAGCGUCACAGAGGGAGGGAGCGGAGAAGGAAGAGGAGACGGCACGGAGACAGUUCAGAGAGCAAUGACGGGGAAGAAACGCGAAGGCGGCGGAGGGAUAGAAGGAGACCUGAGACUGGACGGAGCACGCGAGAGGGGCCCGUGGUCAUCAGCGACGAAGACGAGGACGAACAGCUUCAGUUGGCUCUUGCGCUUUCGGCGUCGCUGCAGGAUGGCCAUGGAGGAACGUGUGGACCCGCCGAGAAGGGCGGAGACACUUCCAUUGCUAGUGCGACUCUGGGAACAGAGGACGAACCAGAGAGGGAAGCAACCUCGCGGCGUUCUGAUCGAGGCGAGGAGGGAAAGUUGACCAGUCGGGAGGCGCUUCCCGUGGAGUCGAGCAAAGCGCGAGUCGCCCGAGACGCCACCGCUCCGCCCCUGGGCUGUCAACACCCGUGUGGGGCGGAAGCAGGCGAGCGAGGAGAUGAAGAAAGGGAUGCAAGCGAAGAGACAGGAUGGCGAAGGCGGAGAGGAGACGAAGCGAGGAGACGUGAGGAGAGUGAACUGGAGAGACAGGCAGGUCGGCAGGCGAAGCGCCGCCAGGCGUCAGACGGCAGCCCAGACGCCAUUAGCAGGGACGCACAAGAGAGAGAACAGGGAGAGGCCGGGGUGGUGCUCCCAGCUUCUCACCUGGGAAGAGGGCGCCCGCAGUCUAAGACAAAUCGUUUUGUGGAACAGACAAGCAGUUUGUCGGGCGGGUCGGGUACUUUUGAGGAAGACGUUGAGGACGGGAUGAAGACCGGCAGCGACAGAAAGAAACACCGUCGAUCAGGAAUGGCUGACGCGCGGGAGGGCAGAAGAAGGGAGAGGCCGAGAACGGACGGGGUGGAGGAAUCGGGAGAAGUGGAAGACGACGAAAACGAAGACUUUCAGCUGGCUCUCGCUCUUUCCAUCUCGGAGCAGCACGAUGUCUACAACCAGUGCCGGGUGAUUUCCGACCACGCCUCGUCACCGGAGAAAGGGCCGGCAGGUUUCGGCUCUUCCUCUUCUGGCCACAGGAGGGAAAGCGUGUGUGGCGGAGCAGAAUUUUCGAGCGAUCUCGCUCUGUCUUUAUCUUUGUCCCCUUCAGCUGCUUCGUCUUCCACGCCAUGUUCUUCGCAGAGUGCCCUCGGGAGCGAGGCAGGAAUCUCAGAGCGAUCAGAGCAAAGCGCGCAGAACUGUCGGCGAGCUCGACUCCCUGUUCCCCACCCUGUUCCCGAGCACCGCGAUUCGAAGUACCAAGGCGAGCAGAGAGAUGUCGAGGCGCGGCAAUACGACGAAACGUCCUCUCGUCCGUCUCCCGUUUCCCCCCCGCCCCAACUUCGGAAGCGAUGUCUGGGAGAUGGUGGCCAUGAUCUCCCCUCCAACCCAGUAGGGAGGCCGCAGCCAGAGAAAGAACCGGACGAGGACGCGAACGCAGCGGGUGAAAAGGCCAAGACUGGAGAGGAGACGAAAACUGAGAAGACGGCGGCCACGGCAGAAGUCGAGUGGAUGGGAGACACCGGAGCGAGGGGGAUGUCAGGCAUCGAGUACGAUCUUGUUGAUGCCGACCAGAGAGAGCAAGGAAUCGUAGACGAUCGAGAAGGUACACCCACACGAGGGCGGUUCAUAGCGCUUUCGAUGGCGGGUGUCGACGACGGCGUCGACGAGGAUUCGUCGUUAUCGCCUGCCUCGGAUGCUGCAGACUCAGACUUCGAGCCUGAUCGCCGUCGCCCGAGACGGAGAGCGAAGGUGAAAGGAACCGAAAGGCUUCCAGAAGAUGAAGGCGCGGCGAGCUCGGAGAGCUCGAGUGACAGUCCGUGCUCGUCGCUGGUCGAGGAGGGGACGGGGCCUACCUCUCCCUCUUCUAGCGACACUUCUGAAGCAGACGCUGCGCAGCCUCAGGGAGGAAGACGGAAUGCGCGAAAACGGGGGAACGCACGACGAGCCGUUCCAUCGAAGUCAAGCAACCCGCGGAAUGACCGUUCCGUGACAAAGAGCAAAACGCCGCAGCGUCCACAGCCGCAUGACGCGCUUGCCGAGAGAGUGAAGGGCGCGGCUGGGCGGCCGGACGCAGGCAAUGAGCGUGACGGAGUGCGUGAAAGACAAGCGAAGAAGAACGAGAGGAAAGCGCUGAAAGAACAGCAACGGGCAGUGGCGCGGGAGGCGGCGUCAACCGCAGUGCGCCUCUGGAAGAGAGAGAAGCUGCAGGAAGCGUGCGUGUACAUUUGGCAGGUUUUAACGCACGCCGUCGCUUCUCCUGUCCCUUUGUCUUCACUGCGCGCGCAAGGCAAUGAGUCGGACGGCAAUCGGAGAGGAGUUGCGCGGGCCAGCGCUCGUCCCGGCGGAGGCAAACUGGCGAACUUGCUUCGCCACGCGCAGCUCGAGGAAGAGGAGAAGAUCAUGCCUUCGCCGGCUUGUUCGUUGUCCACGCGCCGCUCGGGACCGUCCGGGCAAGCGACCUCGGAGCAAGGAGAGGAGAGGACAAGAGGGAAGGCGGAGCGCCCGCAGGCUCUCGAGCUCCACAAGCGUUCCAGAGCUGCUGGGCAACUCGUGGCCAGCGGCGCGGCAGGUGUGAGGCCUUUUGUGACUGUCGGGGACCUUGCGCAAGUUGCGCAGACAGUCAACCUGUCUCUUCAGCCCGAUGAGAUUCAGCAGAUGAUCUCUCUGGCGGCGCGAGAAGGUUCGCCUGUGCUGACCGCCGAGGCUAAGUGUCGCUUGUAUGGCUCGGAGGGGGGACGAGCAAGAGACGCCGAUUCGCGCGCGAGAGAAAAGGAAAAGAGGGCCCUGGCGCUGUACACCGAGGGAAAGACCUACCUGUCGUUCGAAGAAUUUGAGCGGUUCUUCCACACAAGUCUCGGCCUCAAAGUGGAGAAGAACGGCAAAGUUUGGUGA